UUCAGGUCCAGAGGGUAUAUAUUAAGGUAGGACGCCGAGAGUUCGUAUCAGUCCGUUUUACUUCUUAACGAAGAACAUCGUUCCGACAAGAAGAAAGAACCACAUAAAGAAAUGGCUUUGUUUACUGGUGCUCUGCUUGCGGCAGUUAUAAUAGUAGUAGCAGGUGAUUGUAAACCACGGUCAGCAUUUACGGCAAAGAUGACAAGCAGCAUGGAGGGAGAGCCGGAGAAAGAUUUACCUAUCGUCUUCGAUUCAGCCUUGACAAACGUCGGCAAUGACUACAAUCCUACAGAUGGCAAAUUUACUACCAGAAUCGCAGGAACGUACGUUUUCUCCUUAACUCUAAUGAGUAAGCUCUCAUCUGACAGCACUGCGUAUGGUUGUUUGCUUUUGAAUGGCGAAGAACAGGUCUGCGUCUGGUCCAAUGGAAUCAACGGCCACGAGAUGUCAAGCAAUACGAUCACAGUUAAUUUGAAAAGUGGUGAUGUCGUUGACAAUAUCCUAAAGGCUGGCACUCGCUUUGCACUUCACAACGCCGGUCAAGCUGGAUACUGUUCAUUUACUGGCUUCUUGCUUUAUCCAGAAGUAUAAGUAGGCAUCUAGGCAUCCGGUCACUCAGUAGCCUUACUUGGUGGUUGUGAAUUGACAGACAGGCACACGACAUGAUAUAAUAAAAUUCAUUGCAUUGAAUUUAUAUAGUUUACGUGUUUAAUGACUAUUUUGGCACUUUCAUUUACACAUUUAGAUAUAUUAGUUCACGUGUUUAAAUGACUACUGUACUUUGUCACUUUUCUCACAUUUAGGUAGGCUAUUAUGGCAUAUAUAUAUAUAUAUAUAAUUAAUUAUAUAUAAACAUAAAUAUAUAUAUAAACAUAUAUGUAAAAACAAUGAAAAGACGAUGUACAAUCAUUGACGGUUAACACAAAUUUCUUAAAAUAUAAUGAAAUAAAAUCGAUAUUUCGAUAGCUCCUGCCUAAAGUGAGUAAAUUUGGAAGAUCUAACAUACAUGUAGUAUUAAACUUGGAUUG